AUGAGUAGCUCUGAAGAAGUGUCUUGGAUUUCAUGGUUUUGCGGUUUAAAAGGCAAUGAAUUUUUUUGCGAAGUCGAUGAAGAUUAUAUACAAGAUAAGUUUAAUUUGACCGGUUUAAACGAAUUAGUUCCACAUUACAGACAAGCUUUGGAUAUGAUAUUAGAUUUGGAACCAGAUGAUGAAAUAGAUGACAAUCCUAAUCAGUCAGAUUUAAUUGAGCAAGCUGCAGAAAUGCUAUAUGGACUCAUUCAUGCUAGAUAUAUAUUAACCAAUCGAGGAAUUGCACAAAUGAUAGAAAAAUAUCAAAGCGGAGAUUUCGGGUGUUGCCCAAGAGUUUAUUGCGAAAGUCAACCGAUGUUACCUAUUGGUUUAUCCGAUGUACCUGGUGAAGCUAUGGUUAAAUCAUAUUGUGCUAGAUGUAUGGAUGUUUACACACCUAAGUCAUCUCGUUACCACCAUACGGAUGGAGCAUAUUUUGGAACAGGAUUUCCUCAUAUGCUUUUCAUGGUUCAUCCAGAAUACAGACCUAAAAGAUCUAGUAACCAAUUUGUUCCAAGGUUAUACGGUUUUAAAAUUCAUCCUUUGGCUUAUCAAAUACAACAACAGGCGGCAACAAAUUUUAAAGCUCCUAUUCGUACGUUGGUUUAUAAUAAUGGCAAACGCUGA